AUGGUCGACGGGGCUCCCACGGCUAGCAGCAACAAUACUUCUAAUGGAGUAAAAAAUGGCCGAGGGCCAAUUCCAGAGUUGCCCACCGAGGAAUUUGACUUGGGUAGUCUUGUGGCCUGUUUUCGAGAUAUAUCGGAUGGGAAAAGAUUUCAAGGCUCAGCAGUUAAACAGCUUCUUUCCUCAUUGCUUGAAACAAACAUGGAACCGGUUGCUGGCACAAUUGAACAAAAGCUAAAGGAGAAAACGGAGGGCCGUUACGCUGGAGCAGACAUAAAUGCUCUAGGCGAUACCUUUUUCCAGUCUUCCACUACAUCUGCAGAAGGACUGUGGGCAUUGCUGAAGCGACUAUUCUUAACCUUGCUCAACCGACGGAUAUCAUCUAGCUAUCGCCCUUAUCCCGGUUGGAAAGGGCCUCAGAAUAACUGGUUCUUCUCCAUCAAGUACUACUAUGUUUCAUUCGGAGGCCAGGACGUUUAUCCGGGUCAGGAGUCAGGACCCUUCCGCCAGAACCUGCCGCACCUCCGAAUAUGCCGUGGAAGCUCAUCUGUGGCAUUGAGCUUCUCUGAUACAGAGGGAGCAAAUACGGCUGCUGCAUUACCAUGGAGACUCUUGAUCCUCUCUUGCGAUCGGGAACAUUCUUUAAGUAAAAAAAUCAAAAACGGGGUGGAGGCGUUUUUCUGGGGCAUUAACAGUGAAUUGAGGAAGGUGAGGAGGCGUCUUCUGAACAUGGCAACUCAGAUAUCGUCGAUAUGUGUGCCCCCGGACGAGUUUCUCUUUAACAACGAGAUGCAAAAAUCUCUCGCAUUCGAAAACGAGUCUUUGUCAAACUCGCAAACGUACUUUUGGGCUCUCCAAUCCUUGCGUCUUAUCAAUGAGUGCAUUACUUGGAUUAUUAGAGAAUGGGACAUGUACGACAAAGAAUCUCUUCUGGAUCUUCUCAAUACAGGUGGCGGUGGGAUAAGCCAUACGUAUGCCAAUUCAGAUGGCGAAGCAGCUGCGGCUAGAACUGCAUCGGUACCUUACCUAGAUGAUAUUCAAGAACAAAUGACUCAGUUCGCCGGUAUGAUAAAAGACAACAAUGCCAAGCUGGUGGAGAUACGGGCAUUGCGCGACGGUCUUUUCGAUGCCUCUUCAUUCCUCGAAGCGCGCACCGCUGUCGCACAAGGCAAAAACAUUCAUAUGCUCACGCUUAUCUCUAUGGUGUUCUUGCCUGCUAGCUUCGCAACGUCCAUCUUUGGCAUGCAGUCUCUUCCACCAUCAUCGACAAGUCUCACGACGUUUGCAAUCGUCAUGAUAUGUGUUUGCGGGCCUGUAUAUUUGAUUAUCUUAGUAUUGAGCGGAGGACUAAAAGGAGCCGGUGUUAUUUGGGGGAAGAUAGCGAGGUUCUGGGAUGUACGCGGCAACGUCGAUGGCAAAAAAUGGCUCGAAAAGGCGAAGACGAUUAUAAGGAAGAAAAGUAACAAACCACAGGAUGUCGAAAAUGGUACAUGA